AUGCGUUUCCUCAUUGUGACUUUCGCCGUUGCCCUGGUGCUCGCACCAGCGAUGGGAAACCCCCUCGAUUUUGGAGGUAUUUUUACUGGAAUCACUGACGCCGUGAAGGGAGUUACUGACGCGGUUGUUGGCGCUGUUAAUAAUGUCAUCACGCAGGGACAGCAAAUUAUUACUGAUGUUACCGCAGCGCUCGGAGAAGCUGCUGGAAAUGUUGCCAAGGCUGUCGUGGACACUGUUGGUGGACUGACCGCGGCUGCUGGAGAAACCAUCUCGGCGACCGUUGAUCAGGCCGGAAACAUUGUUGUGCAAAUUACCAACAGCGCCGGAGAGGUCGCCCAAGUUGCGGUUAAUGCCGUUACUGGCGUCGUCGAAACCGCUGGUCAAGUGGCCGGAGGUCUUGCCCAAACUGUCCAGAAGGUCGUCGAGGCUGUCCAGCAGGCUGCGGCCGGUGCUAUCCAACAGGGAACCGAGGCUGCUCAGGAUGCUGCCAACACCGCUACUGACGCUGCUAACACUGCUACCGACGCCGCCACUGACGCUGCCAACACCGCUACCGACGCCGCCACUGACGCUGCUAACACUGCUACCGACGCCGCCACUGACGCUGCUAACACUGCUACCCAAACCGCCCAGGAUGCUGCUAACACUGCUACCGACGCUGCCGCCCAGGUUCAGCCUUAA